AUGAGGACGGAGAUGGCGGCUGGAGUCGGCUUCGACAAGUUCUGGCACGAAGGUGGAGCCGUGACGCCGGAUGAGAGUGCAAAGUCGUUGCGAGAGUGGGUUGAGACGUUCGAUAUCAGCAAGACUGGCACGCACUGGGCGUCAAGGGGGCCAGGUGAUAUUGGAACUGCCGAGCACGUCCUGGGCCCUAAGGACAAGCUUGCCACCCCGUUGCAGCUUCCGUGGUGA